GAGCCAAUCAGAAGGUGAGAAAAGUUCGCGCCAAAUCAAUAAAAAAUCGAUGAGUUUGUAAGUUUCUGGAAACCAUAUUUUUAUCAACUUUCACAUGUAUUUUUUACACAUUUGAGUUGAAAGUAGUGGCUAAUUUUCCUACUUAAAACGAUAUCUGGUUCAGAAUUCUUCGUAUUUUCUCUAAUAGCUGAGAAAUUUGAAAUCGCGAAAGAAGAAAGGUUAAAAAAAACAUGUCUUCUUCUCCCAAAGAGGUGUUGUUCAAGGAUUUCGCCAACGAACACAGAAGUAAACUAUCUGAAAAGUAUCCCUUCCUUACGAACCAACAAAUACAGGCAAAACUAAAACAGUCAUGGCAAAGAGUCUGCCAAGAAAAUAAAGAUAUGGUGAUGAAAACCGAUCGAUCGCCAAGGAAAAGUUCAAAUGCAGUUGAAGGCACGAAAAGUCCAAGAAGUUGCCGGAAACGUCUUUCUUGGUGUAAAGGAUCUCCUUCGAAGACUGUCUGUGGGAGUAGCAAGUCCUUGGAAUCACCAGUAUCCACUGAGGUAGAUUCAGGUCCCUGGUAUGACGAGGUGUCCAUAGAUUCAGAUACAGAUUCACCAAGAAAAACUCCAGAAAAUUUCUCAGAAGAUACCGUCAAAGAUGUGAUUGACCACAAAUUAAACGUUGAAGACCAUAAACAUUCUACAGAUAAGGAAUCCAACAUUAUAAAGACUGAAACAGUGGUAUUUGAGCUGUCUCAUCCAUCAAAGCUGUCGCUAGAGAAUGCGGAACUAUGUACAGUUCAAAGUUCAAGGUUAUUAUCAAGUGAACAAAAGAAGGGAGAUAGUAAUUUUAAUUUGAUGUUUGAUGAGGAAGAGAAAAUAUUCCUAUAAGAUAUGAAACAAGUCCAACAGUUAACAUUUUUUCCUUGACAUUAAUACAAUAAUAAUAACCAAGGCUGUA